AUGAAUGUCAUGACAGAAAAAGAUAGACAAGAAGCAAAUCGAUUUGGUAAAUCUAUUCAAAACCAAAUUCAGCCAUUAUAUCGAAAUGUCUCCUCGAAUGAGACGAUCCCAUUAUCGACAGUGGAAGUAUUUGUUUUUGAAUUAUAUUCUCCAUACACCGAUGUUUUUCAAAACUAUACACGUUAUGAGCAAGAGCAACUGCAGAAUGCACUUGAUACCAUCCAAUUUGAUACAAGUGAUACGUCAGGCAGUAUCCAAUUGCUUUCUGCAUCGAUUCCAAGUGUAUUCGCUAUUGCGAAUGAGACUAUUGAUCGAUGUAAACAAUUAACCAAUGGUCGAACAAUCAUUAGUCUCAAGAAUGUUCUACAAACAUUUUUUAUUGCGUACAUCAAAGAAUUGCGACGUGUUGUGAACAAUAUUCGUGAGAGACAUGCGAAGAUUCUAGGAAGUGAAGAUUGGGAUUUAUUCCGACAGACCAUUCGUAUUCUGGAGAUUUGCGGUGAUCUUAUUCUUGCUUACGAACAAUUCGAAUCGUCAUUAGCCCAACAAAUGUUACAGAUGAUCAGCGAAUGGUUCUAUAAAACACCGAAGAAUAAACAACAUGAAGAUAUCUAUGACAUAGCGGUUGAAUCGUUCAUUAUCAACAUAACUUCAUCAGAUAAAUAUGAUUUCAUAUCCAUUGUUGCAGGAUUAGAAAAUGCUACGUAUACCAUAUUUCCGGAUAUACCAAAACAACUGAGUGAAUUCAGUGAUGAAUGCCAUCGAUUUAGUUUCGAUGUGGUAUUUCUGCCGAUUCAAUCGCUUCUCAAUGGGUUUUCCAAACUAUCUGUCUGGGCAAGUGAUAAUCGAGGUACAAUUGUCGCUGAUCUACCUUCACUUAGUUUCGUUCCACAAGAAAACAUUACUAAAAUUGGUCAAUAUCUUCUUAUGCUUCCACAACAUUUCGAACCAUUCAAUUUACAGGAUAAUCAACAAUUAGGCAUCGCAUUUAAAAAAGGCAAAUUACCUUUUCUCGAGGAUAGAGAACUAUUCAAUGAUUUAACAUCCUGUUGGCUUGAUUCGAUUGCUAUGGGCACAAUGCGCUUAUGUAUGGAACAAACAUUACAAAUCCAAACAUUGACCACAACGGGUCUUAAACAGUUAUUGAUGGAUUUACGGUAUCUCUGUAGUGUUCUGGAGGAUUUCGGUUUAAAAGAUAUCGCAGAUUUUGAUGAUAUGAUUCAAUUGUUUGCAGCUGACGAAGUCAAAUUUGAAGAACUCGCUCGGGAGAAACCUGCACGUAUGGUCUCAACAAUACGAACAAUGCGACAUUUAUAA